AAGAGGAGGUGUCCUGCUCGGUGGUGUCCAGAGGAGAGGAGCGGCCGCCAUGUUAACCAAGAAGCCCGGAGCCUCGGUCCUCCCGACGGGCAAAGUGGGCGAGCCGGUCUACUCUCCUGGUCACAGCGUCUCUCAGACAACGUCGCCCGCCGCCCUGCCGCCGCUUCGUAACAACAACCACCUUCCCCCGACGGGAGGCUCUAAAGCCACCAUGUCAGACGCUGUGCAGCUAUCGUCACAGUCGCAGGUCCACAUCACCCAGCUGUACGAGGACAAGCGUCCGGUCCUGACCUCCCAGCCCAACGGCCUGGCUCCACUCAGCUCCACCCGGCCAGGACUGCCGCUGCCUGACCGGCAGACGUCGUCCUCAGACCCCAGCCACCACUACCGCCAGGGCAGUGCCACCUCCAACAAGUCGACAGACAGCAAGCCAAAGCCCCACCCCCUGUCCCCGGAGCAGGCCAUGAAGCAGUUCAUGUCUAAAAUGUCCUCGUUCGAACACCACGAGGUCUUCAGCUUCCCUGAGGUGUAUUUUGUUGGUCCGAAUGCUAAGAAGAGGUCAGGGGUCAUGGGCGGAGCCAACAACAGCGGCUUCGACGAUGAUCAGGGAUCCUACAUCCACAUCCCACAUGACCACAUCACCUACCGCUACGAAGUUCUUAAGGUCAUCGGCAAGGGCAGCUUUGGACAGGUAGUGAAGGCGUUCGACCACAAGUCGCAGACCCACGUGGCUCUGAAGAUGGUCCGCAACGAGAAGCGCUUCCACCGGCAGGCGGCAGAGGAGAUCCGCAUCCUGGAGCACCUGAGGAAGCAGGACAAGGACUUGAGCAUGAACGUCAUCCACAUGCUGGAAAACUUCACCUUCCGAAACCACAUUUGCAUGACCUUCGAGCUGCUCAGCAUGAACCUCUACGAGCUCAUCAAGAAGAACAAGUUCCAGGGCUUCAGCCUCCCGCUGGUCAGGAAGUUCGCCCACUCCAUCCUGCAGUGUCUGGACUCACUGCACAAGAACCGCAUCAUCCACUGCGACCUCAAACCUGAGAACAUUCUACUCAAGCAACAGGGACGCAGCGGCAUCAAGGUCAUUGAUUUUGGUUCAAGCUGUUAUGAACAUCAGAGAGUUUACACCUACAUCCAGUCCAGGUUUUACCGAGCUCCAGAGGUCAUUCUAGGCUCCAGGUAUGGGAUGCCUAUCGACAUGUGGUCCCUGGGCUGCAUUCUGGCUGAGCUGCUGACCGGGUACCCGCUGUUACCGGGUGAGGAUGAAGCCGACCAGCUUGCCUGCAUCAUCGAGCUCCUGGGUAUGCCCAGCCAGAAGCUCCUCGACGCCUCCAAACGAGCCAAGAACUUUGUCUCGUCCAAAGGGUACCCGCGGUACUGCACCGUCACCACGCUGGCCGAUGGAUCCACUGUGCUGAACGGGGGACGGUCACGGCGGGGGAAGGUACGCAGCCCGCCGGGCAGCAAAGACUGGAGCGUGGCGCUGAAAGGCUGCGACGACCCGCUGUUCCUGGACUUCCUCAAACAGUGUCUGGAGUGGGACCCGGCGCUCAGGAUGACGCCCAGCCAUGCUCUGCGCCACCCCUGGCUGAGGAGGCGACUUCCCAAGCCACCAGCAGGAACCACCACCACGGGGGAGAAGACCUCAUCAUCUAAACGGGCCACCGCAACCUCUGACAGCGCCAUCACCUCCAUCUCCAAGCUCGCCACCACCUCCUCAACCACCACGUCCUCCUCCUCCAAAACCAGGACUAACUUGGCAGCAAUCACCGAUGCCAAUGGGAACAUUCAGCCUAGGACGGUCCUGCCCAAACUGGUCAGCUGAGAGUGAAUGCACCCCACUCGCUGUGGUGGAAAGUCAGAGCUGUUCUCCCCGAGCAGCCGUGAGCAACCAGCUGGACCUGAAUGAAACUGGUUUGUCCAGUUUUAAGAGCAUUUGUUUUUUUUAAACUGGUUUUCACAACGUUGUUGGGGUGCGUUCAGGACAAACGCAGCCGUGGAGGCUUUGCACUGGGUUGUCUAACAUGUGCUGGAUGGGUUUGCUGGGACGUGAACUAAGCUGAAGGAAACUUGAUCGAUGAACUGGGGCACAUUGUCAGUCUUGACAAUUUGUUGUUUUACGUUCUGAGCAGCAAGAAGUGUUUGAAAUGAUUGUGAGGCUGCUACGACAAUCAAGACACACCACAUCGCUCUGUAGCUGCGAACACAAAAACACACACAGACAAACCUGGUGCUGACGGGGGGGAACAAGGCUUUUUUGUUUUUAGUACAUAUUCUAUUUAGCUCAGUUUACAGUUAAUAAACGGAUUAGACACCAAAAACAACUGCUAUUGAUUUUAGUCUUACACGGUUUUAUCUGUUAGACAAUAACAGCCUCAUAAAAAACAUCUAUGUAGUUAACUGACAAAAUAAUGCAGAUAUUUCCAUAUAACACUAAAGCGACGGCAGUUAUUACCUAGUCUAUGUUUCAUAUCUCAAGAAAUAAUGUUGCAUUUCAGUUUGGGGAACACGAGCUAAAAAAAAAUAUCAAAGUAAAACAAUAUUCUAACGAACCUGACAGAACCAUCAUCUACCUGUUAGCUGGCUAACUUUCCUAGCUAGCUGUUUUACAGUGUUGCUAGCCUUGUGCCUCUCAGCUGGCUAACUGCUAACUGGCACUGGUCAGUUGGUAGACAGCUACUUGUUUGUGUUUAGCUGUUACAUUGCCACCUAUUUACACCUAACUGGCUAGCAGUCAGCCUAGCUUUAGCUCGCUCACUACUAGCCUUUUUUGGCAAACAGGUGGCUAGCCUUAGCCUCCUUUAGCCAUAGCCUGUUAGCGCUCCACUGCCCAGCCUUACGAAGCACAGAUCGAAUGACUUUACAUUUUUAACGCCUCAGAUUUAUAUGAUUUUUAAGGGUUUUCAAGUUUUGUGAGGGUUAGCAGAGAGAGAAGAGGGGAAGAGCGAGACAAAGAGAAGAAGAAGGUGUGUGAUUAUUAAUGACACAAAAUGGCUGCUGGAGGAGGAAAAAGAAGAAAGUGGACUGAAGGUGUUUUUUUAUGGACAAGUUUCAACAAAGGGCUCUAAUACGUGUUAGAAACCAAAGUCUUGUUUAUCAUCAUGAAGCGUUUAUUCAAUAUCGUUUAUAUUUCGUCAGCCACUAUUGAAAGACCAGAUAAAAAAGCUGGAUAGAAAAAAUUCCAACUCAUGAAUUUGAAUAGUAAUUUAAGGACUCCACAGUCUGUUAGUUACAGAAUCCUGAAUUAUUCCAGAUAUGAGGGCAAUGCUGCUCAAAGGAAAAGAGACCUUCAGCCAAACGGGAAUCACAUGAGACAAAAUUCUCUCCCUAAAUGUCCCAGCACAGAGCGGGAUGUGUUCCCACGACGGUCACAUUUUGAGGGUCGAGAGAGCAGAGAGGAUUGAAUGAUUCUUCCUUCUGGCUGAUUGGAAAACAAAGCAACUCUAAGGAUUUCACAGCUCCGUUAAAACGAGACCCUGUAUGAUCUGAGAGGCCAUUUGUCUGAAAUCAUAAAGAACUUCACUUUGGCCCUGAGCAGAGAAACGUGAGUCUCGCGUCAGAUUUUAGGACUAAAGACUGUGACCGUUAUUCUGAAGCUGUCCGCGGUGGAUAUAGAGAUUCAUCUGGUUCAGCAUGGACGAGUGAACAAUGCAACAGGGAACCAAGACUUUUAUUUCUACACUGAUCAAGUGCUUCAAUAAGAGUGAAGACGAAAACAUUUAAACCAAGUAGAAUUCUGUUUUUCGACUUAAUAACAUAUGAUUGUGCUGGAUUGUCUAAACAUCCGGUUUUAAUUCAGGGUUUUAAUUCAGAGUAAUACACCAAAAUGUCUGAGAGUAUUAAUGACUUUCAACAGUAUUUAGUAAAAAUAACAAUAUUAAAGGGUCCAGUCACACCAGCGAAGAUUCUCUGAGGUGCUCAGAAGCAGAUGGUCCUGUUUUCUACGUCCACACUACGAGGUUCUAGUUUUUAAACUCACUGUUGCUAUGCUUACACCUAUCGUCCGCAGUACUUUUAUUACCGGAAUUUUCCAGCUUCUAAAUCCGAGACUUUUAUAAACACUGCUUGUCUUGUUUUAUUUUGAAAACUCCAGUGAAAUGUUUAAAAACACACGUUCUCUUCCUGAUUGGUUCUUAUCAGUCACAUGACUCGACCACCAGCGGUGAAUACAAAGCGUUGCUGACACUUCCUGUCAGUAACAGUUCCACCUCGUCAUCCCUACCAACCGCAGAGAAGAAAAUCUACUUCCUGUUUACACCACGUGACCCGUGUAGUGUAUGGUCAUGUGACGUGUCUUUUCUUGUGUGUUAGUGUAGUGUUUUCCAAGAGUAAGUGGAUCUAAAACGCUUGUGUGGAUGGAGGUCAUUAUCAGUUUUAGAUGUAUUAGUAUGGAUGUAGACUACGCACUUGAUUCCAGAGUGAAUAUUCUUAAUAACUGUGAUCAUAAGACUGAAAACUCCCAAAAGUUCCACUGAACACAAACUGGAUAAUUCUCCAUAACCUCCCAACUUCAGCAACAUUCACUGAUACAAACAACCAAUCACGUGACUGGACCCAGAUUCUUGAUUACAGCACAAGAUAAUAACAGAAUCUGAAAUCAUGAACUUCAUGAUCCAAAACAUAAAAAUGACCAGUUCCCAUAAUGUGUAGACACUGAUCAGACUGGUCAUGUAUUGAUCAGUAUUAGUUAAUGGAUCAAUCAGUGAGAUCGGGGGGGGGGGGGGGGGGGGUGUUGAACGAUAUGCUUCUUAUUUAUUUACUCCACUUUAAUUGAUAUUUAUUACUCUAAUCUACAUAUUUACUAUGAUGUGCAGUUCAUACCGUAUACUUGAAUGUGUGUGUGUGUCAGAUGUAUGUAGCAGUGUGUGUGUGUGUGUGUGUGUGUGUGAUGUCGAUGUUAGGACAGGUUUUCUAAAAAGCUUGUUCCCUCACACGAACACACAUUUAUCGAUAUAAAAACACAAAUGUAUCUUAACGCACUCUGAGAAGUGGAUCACGCCAGGACAAGGAUGAUGAAGAGGAGGAGGAGGAAGAGGAGGGCUGUACAUGUGACGACGUCAGCCUGACAAAUGUGUUGUAAUGUAGCACACAAGAAGAGGACGAGGACAAUGAUGUGACGCACACAAGGAAGUUGUGACGUAAAAACACAGACUACCUGCUCCGCCCACCUCAGGGGAAACUCUGCCCCCAGUGGACGGAGGAGGAGGACGCGUGGGCCGGUCCUCUUCGAUGUUUGUUUUCUAAAGAUUUGAUUGAUUGGUUUGUUGAGUAUGUUUUUUAUGUUUUUUAUGUUUUUUAGUGAGAAGGAGCGCUGAGAGUCGUAACUUUGUGCCUUCAGUAUCUCAUCGCCAUGCUGCGCCCGCCUGGCACACACACACACACACACACACACACACACACACUUGAGGUGGUGAUGUCAUAGCAACAAUCACUAGUUCUGGUGCAACGUAUGAUCUUAUCCUUAUGGCUCAGGUUACCACAGACAUUUACACCAAGAUAAAUAACAGUGAUUUAAUUUCAUGGACUGAAGGUUGAUUCAAACAGAUGAAGAAUCCUCGUUAACAUUAUGAAUAAUUACUCCUGAAUCUCAGAACUUUAUUAUUUGAUUCGAUGUUUUGCAGUGUCCAUUAUAAUUUCUCACAAAACAACAUGCUUUGUUUAAAUGUCAGUCUUUGGGUUUUUUAUUUAUAAUCUUGAAUUUGCUAAUUUAAAAAUUCCUGAAUUUUAUAAUCUCAGAAUAGUACGAGUCACAAUUUUGACUUAAAUGUUGUGAGAAUGAAUUCCAUCAAAUCAUUUGACACAGUCAAUGUAGAUUUUAUGAAGUGACACAUUUUUAUGUGUAUUUUUAUUUUUCCCAAGUAGAAAUCAACCUUUCAGCAGAAAUGGGUUGACAUUUUUGUGGGCGGAGCCAGUUCACAGGCCAACGCACUGACCACAAACGGUAGCUUUAAACUGCACUGACAUCUACGUGUGUGUGUGUUUGUGUUGGGAUGAGUUAUGUAACAUGGCUGCACAAUGUACAGACACAUAUCAGCCAACUGUCGCCUCGGUAAAGACGGGCGACGCCUGCUGACGACAGGGCUAAGCUAACACUAGCCGAUCGACUGCUAGCGUCCAGCCGCUAGCUGCUGCACUGACGUUUAUUUUCUCUACAGUGAAGCUAACACUAGCCUACAGCUAACUGGCUGCUAGUAGCAUGUUUUCACUGCUAGCUACAGUCACGUUGAGCUCCUCACAGUUGUGCUCAUGCAAACUGUUAGCGUUAGCAUUAAUGUGUUUUUAAAGGGUUCUUUUUUCAUGUUGGUACCUCAGAUUACUCAGUUAUCAUUAUUAAUAUGAUCAUUAUUAGUGUUGUCAUUGUUGUGACUAACACCCAGGGCAUUUGGUUGAAUCUACCAAAGUGCAUUCCUUUACAAAGCUAGCUAAAGCUAGCUGCAGACAGACACACAAACAAGCAGAUAGAAAGUCCAACAGAAAUCACGUGAACACGGAGGCUAUCAGAGGAGGAGGAGCUACGCCUCUCUGAGGGAGGAGCUCGCACCUGGACGUUACGUUUUUUACAAAAAAGAAGAUGAACUGACUGCGGUCGUCUGGUUGAACUGAUGACCUCUUGGUAGCAUGUGUGAAACUCGUUAGCCAUUUAGCUUCUAUUGGGAGAUCUCUACAGCCAGACGUUAGCCACUGUUAGCGUGAAGCUACUCUAAAUUUCUGUGAUGUUUGACAGCUGCGUUUUAUUGUGGAUUUUAUCUGUAAAUAAUGUUGAAAAAUGUUUGAAUAAUACAUUUUGGGGUUGAAUGCGCUGCUGUGCCACCGCAGCCAGUUUUACAAUGUACUGUAUCUACUGUACAGAACACAGACGUCGACACUUUUCUAGUGAGCCUUUGUUAAAUUUUAUUGUGGUGAAAAAAUAUUAUUAUUAAUAAAACAGUUUUAUUGUUCA